AGUGGAGGCAGAGGCAGAGGGGGGUGGAGGACACUGAGUGGAGUCCAGUGGAGGGAGAGGCAGAGGGGGGUGGAGGACACUGAGUGGAGGGGGUGGAGGACAUUGAGUGGAGGCCAGUGGAGGGAGAGGCAGAGGGGGGUGGAGGACACUGAGUGGAGUCCAGUGGAGGGAUUGGCAGAGGGGGGAGGAGGACACUGAGUGGAGUCCAGUGGAGGGAUUGGCAGAGAGGGGUGGAGGACACUGAGUGGAGUCCAGUGGAGGGAUUGGCAGAGAGGGGUGGAGGACACUGAGUGGAGUCCA